GGAAGUGACAUGCUCUCCUCCACUACUCACUGCUGGAGAUUAGCGCGCAGGCAGGCAGCGGUAAUCUGCUUCAGCACCGCGGACACAGACGCCGCCUGGCCAUGAAUCCUCCCCAAAGUUCCCUGGAAGGGAACCGCCGCGGACCCAAACCACAUUAAAACAAGUUCGUGUGAAUCCGGAAGCAAAAGUUGGGCUGGAAAUGAUUUUUAAAAUGUAUUUAUGAUUAUUAGAAACCAGAAAAUCCCGGGACAGCCGCCUCAGAUUUGGGAACUUGAAGGAAUCUGAUGAUCAGGUGAAUAAAAGCGGAUUUUUUAAAGGAAGCAGAGGAGAAGGCUGUGCGCUCCGAACCGGACCGGACCGUGAGGAUGGAGAUCCGGCCGGACAGGUUCAAAGCUGCGGCAGCGAAGACUCUGGGGAAGAUUUACGGGGCGCUAGAGAAGAAGCAGGAAAAUGGCGAAACCAUCGAGCUGUCGGCGGAGGGCCGGCCGGAGCUGGUGCAGGAGAAGGAGAUGCCGGUGGUGGACUGCACCUGCUUCGGCCUGCCCCGCCGCUACAUCAUCGCCAUCCUGUCCGGGCUCGGCUUCUGCAUCUCGUUCGGCAUCAGGUGCAACCUGGGCGUGGCCAUCGUCAGCAUGGUCAACAGCCACACCGUCUUCAGGGACAACAAGGAGGUCAUCGUGAAAGCUCAGUUCACCUGGGAUCCAGAGACGGUGGGGAUGAUCCACGGUUCCUUCUUCUGGGGUUACAUCGUCACCCAGAUCCCCGGAGGUUUUAUCUGUCAGAAGUUCGCAGCAAACAGGGUGUUUGGCUUCGCCGUCGUCGCCACUUCCUGCCUGAACAUGCUGAUCCCCACGGCGGCACGGAUGCACUUCGGCUGCGUCAUCAUAGUGAGGAUCUGUCAGGGCCUGGUGGAGGGCGUCUCCUACCCGGCCUGCCACGGCAUCUGGGCCAAAUGGGCCCCGCCGCUGGAACGAAGCCGCCUGGCCACGACGGCCUUCUGUGGCUCUUAUGCGGGCGCAGUGAUCGCCAUGCCGCUGGCUGGAAUCCUGGUCCAGUACUCAGGAUGGUCCUCCGUCUUCUACGUCUACGGGAGCUUCGGGGUCAUGUGGUACUGCUUCUGGAUCCUGGUUUCGUACGAGAGUCCGGCGGCUCACCCGACCAUCACGGAGGAGGAGCGGACGUACAUCGAGGAGAGCAUCGGCGAGUCGUCUCAGCACACGGUGACGAAGUUCAACACUCCGUGGAAAUCGUUCUUCACCUCCAUGCCGGUCUACGCCAUCAUAGUGGCCAAUUUCUGCCGCAGCUGGACUUUCUAUCUGCUGCUCAUCAGCCAGCCCGCCUACUUUGAGGAAGUGUUUGGCUUCGAAAUCAGCAAGGUGGGAAUACUUUCUGCUCUGCCUCACCUGGUCAUGACCAUCAUCGUUCCCAUCGGAGGCCAAAUCGCCGACUACCUGCGCUCCAAUCAGAUCAUGACCACCACAAACGUCAGAAAGAUCAUGAACUGUGGAGGGUUCGGGAUGGAGGCCACCCUCCUGCUGGUGGUCGGCUUCUCGCACACGAAGGGCGUCGCCAUCACCUUCCUGGUUCUGGCGGUGGGAUUCUCUGGCUUCGCCAUUUCAGGUUUUAACGUCAACCACCUGGACAUCGCGCCGCGAUACGCCAGCAUCCUCAUGGGGAUCUCCAACGGCGUGGGCACACUGUCCGGCAUGGUCUGCCCGCUGAUAGUGGGCGCCAUGACCAAAAACAAGACGCGGGAGGAGUGGCAGGGUGUGUUUCUGAUCGCCUCACUCGUUCAUUAUGGUGGGGUUAUAUUUUAUGGUAUUUUUGCCUCUGGGGAGAAGCAGCCGUGGGCCGAGCCGGAGGAGCUGAGCGUGGAGAAGUGCGGCAUCCUGGACGAGGACGAGCUCGCCAACGAGACGGAGGAGCUGUACCGCUCCAGCGGAGGAGCCGGCUACGGCGCCACCACCCAGGGCUCCGACCCCAACGGAGGAGGCGGCGGCUGGGUCUCCGACUGGGACAGAACCGAGGAGUACGUCCAGCCGGCCGGGACCAACAGCUACGCUCACGGAGGCGAGCCAGAGUUCACAUAGAAACAGCCAGAGAAACACUAACAGCUCAGCAGCAGCGUGGAAACACUGAAGGAACUAAAACAGCAACCGGCCUUUUCAGGAGGCCUGACCUUUGAACUUUAAAGACAUUUAAAGUGAGGAUGGUAGUUAAAUGUGUGACUGCAGUCAGGAAUCAGAAGCAUUUUUGCAAACUUUCACUGGCUUGUUGUUAAGAUGAGGCGUCCAUCUUUAAUAGCGGCAGGCGGGUCUGUGUUUCCAUCAUGACUUGGUUUUUAUUGGUUUGAUGCUCAUUUAAAUUUGAGUUUUUGUAGAUUGGAUGUUUUAUCCACUGAAACAUCACAGAUCAGCGUUGAAACAGGCGGAUCUAAAGGCGUGGGCUGAUUUUCCUGGAUAACUGAAUAUAAAUAAUGGUUAAAAAACAAAAGCAGAGAGGCAAGAGUUUGGUUACACCUUGGAAAAUCCAUCACAUUGUUACACAGAAACUCACACCAACAGAGUUUAAUUUAUCUAACAUGCAAUUUUCAGUCUGUGGAAGGAAGCCAGAAAGUUUUUGUGUUCAAAGGGACAAAAUGGAAACUGGUCAUAAAACCACAUCAGAUGGGACUCUUUAGGAAAUGAAGACAACAGCGCCUUCAUUUUGGUUUCGGGUCGUUUCUUCCCUGUUCUAAUUGAUACCAACAUUUGGUAUUUUUUCUCUAUAUGUAGAACAAUGAAAAUUCGUCCAUUUCAUACCUGAAGCAUUUCAAAACAAAACAACUGAAACCGACAAACUUUAUGACCAAUUCUUUGGUCAGAUUGUUAUUGUUGUGCUAAGCUAGCACUAGCUAAUUAGCAGGUGAAAGGCUAACUUUAGCUUAAGUGACUGAACUCGUUCUCCAAUGUAAAACUAAAGUCAUUAUUACACAGUGUAGUUUCACCAACAUGAUUUUGCUGUUUGAGCAUCAAACUAAAAUGUUUUAUUGAUUCGGACCAACGAUGCGUCCAUUUUGACCCACAAUGGGAAACGUUCAGCAUACUGUGACAACUAAGUCCUGAAUAUUAUUAUAAUGUUCAGCAGUAGUCUACUGUAAGGAAAUGUGAUUUUAGGACCAAAUAUGGUUAUUUAUUUGGUCAUAAAAUCACAUUUCCUUAAUAAUUACCAACUGGAAGUCACAAAUCUGAUCAUCACAAUCUCUUAUUUUGGUUAUUUAGAACCAUGAUAAAUGAAAUUAGAGUAAAAUAUAAAAUAUUCAGCUAAUGGUCUCCAUCUGAAACCUGCUACACAUUAUCUACACAAAAAAUUAACGUAAUUAUACCAAAGAAAAAUAAGCCAAUUAAAGCUAACAAUGCCUAAAAUGACUUUACCUGACAGUUAAAUUUUAAUUAUAAAGUUAAAAACACUGUAUGAAAUAUAGUUUGUUUUAUUUACUUAAUGACCAGUUCUUCAGUCAGUGUCUGAAUGUUUAGCAUAGCUAGCACUAGCUUGUGCUAACUACUUAGAAGCUAACGUUAGCAUAAGUGAAAAACGUUGUUCUGUGAUGUGAUUAUUAAUGUGACAUUAUCAUUAUUACUCUGCUAAAUAUUUUCUUUCAUCCUGAAUACGAGGUUCGUCGAGGUCGGGUCUGGUUGUUGUUGGUCUGUAGUUCAAAAUGGCCGUCUUGUAGUUUAUUCUGUAACUCAGUAAACUGGGUUAUUGUUCUCACCUGGUGUUUGGAUUAAAGACGUAACCCAGCAGGUUUCUGUGUGAACAUUUCUCUUGGGUGAACAUUUGACUAAAUCUAAAGUUUUUUUUCAGCCAGCAGAAAUUUAGCAGAAAGUUUUUGCAAAAUAUAGUUUUAAUCUUUUAUCCUUUAAGAAAAGCAUUGUGCCAAUACAACAAAAUAAUUCUGUAGUAUUGGUUUAUGAGGAAGUGAACAGUUGCAGAUCUGUUCUGUGUGUAGUGAUAGAGGUGAAAAUUAUUUUGUAAAAUGAACAGAAAAUACGAAAGUCUUUGACCUUUUUGCCUAUUGAAGGAAAGUUAUUAUUACGCAAAAUAACAUCAUCUUCAUAAAUCUGUGUCUGAGUUUAGGUUCUUCACAAUUCCAUUUUCAUUCAAAUCCAUCAUUUUAAUUUCUGUUAAAUUUGUUUUAUAUGUCAUAUGUUUAUUUAUGUUAAUUUAUUGUUCACCAGCUUCGUCUGGCGUUAGCAUAGAUCUGAACACGAUGGAGGAAAAGCACAAACAGCAUCAGCACAUUAAGUCUUAUAUCACUCUGACGGACUCUGAAAUAAACGAGCCGAUAAAUCAAUUAACUGGUGUAUUGUACAAACGCACAUAGCUUUAUUUUUAGUGGCAUGUUCUCAUAUAUUCAUAUUCUUAGAUCGCAGAAUAAAUGCUAAAAGUAAAGAAAUGUCAUUGGUUUAAGUCACAGGAUUGUACCGUUGUACUGAGUGGUGUAAAGGGAAAAAAGUUAGUUUUUGAUUUUUUAUUGAUUUGUCUCAACUGAUUCUUUUGUGAAACUGAACUGUUAAAAAAAUCCUGUACAUGUGGAAAUGUUGUAUAAUAAAACGUAGAAGUGUU